AUGACUGACUCUAUAAGCAUGGAGACUGUUGCGAUCACUGUGAGCUGCUCUGCAGGCUCGGAGAGAGAGUCCUCUGUUAACGAGCCCGCUACAGGUCAAGGCAGUGAAGACCUGGAGCCUGUCAGUGUGAAUCCAGAGCUAGAGGCUGCUGGACACUCUCAACACAUCCUGCCAGAGGAGCUGCCCGAGUAUGCCAGUGUAGUGGUGCAGCGUGACGAGGGAGAGGGUACGGAUGGGUUAGGGGGGGUGCUCUAUGAGAACCUGCAGCCUCGGGCCAACAAGGACUCGGAGGCUGCCAGGGAGGCUGCACUAAUCAGUGAAGCUCCACCCACAUAUCGGCAGCUGUUUGGUCAUCACAAGAAGAAGAGAACGAUCAGGCAGACACUGCAGAGACACACACAACCACGCAGUCAGAGCUUGUUUCAAAAACUCAAAGAACGUCUUGAGAACAACAAACUUGCAUCCACUUUUGUCGUUUCCGGAGCCAUUCUUCUGCUGUUAUCUCUGCCAGUUGCUAUGAUUAUUAUCGGUGGGCUAAAUGUUGGAGUGUGUGUCAGACAUGAGAUUCCUCUCUACCUCCUGAUAGCAGGUUUCAUAUUCGUUGCAGAAAUCAUCUUCCAAUUCUCUAUGUGUAUGGGUAUCAAGCGCAGCUCUCAACACGAGUCUAUCUAUCGGACUUUGAGAAUGUUUGACUGUUUAGCCCUCUUCCUCUUCAUUUGGUUACUAGUGGGAACCUACUGGUUGUUCACCAUCUCCAUAGCCCGAUCCGGUUGCACUACAGAUACUAUGCUAAAUGACUUUGUGGUGGUUAAUACCACGGUACUCGUAGAUAGUGAAGGGGGCACUCAGAUCUCAGUGAUGACCCCCCCACCAUCACUGACCCCCAGUGGGGAUUGCUUAGACUGUGAUACUUACGUGUACAGUUUUACUGCUUUUGUGAUCAUGUUUCAGUACCUUACAUUUCUUGUCUGUUUUGUUGCGUGUUGUUCUGUGUAUUUUAAAAAAUAUGGAAGAUGAUUUAAUGUUAAUAUUUAUCAAUUUUUACAUGUAUUACUGCAAAACAGUUUCCACAAUAAUCUUGAACUCUUGG